CAGAAGCUUUCCCGCCACUCCACACCAUACAUUAACUUUCCAAUCAUUGGUAAAUGCUAUGGUUAACCAAGAGAUUUUGUUUCAUUAAGAGCUAUUGUAUUUCAUUUCGUCUCUGAACUAUUUAAUUAAUUUAUUUAGUUUAAAUUUUUAUUGUGAUUUCUCUAAUUCAACCAAUAUGGAUGCAGAAGAUAAUAAUUGUGAUCAAAGACUGAAGAUAGUGAAUAGAAACAGAGAAUAUUAUGUUUCUAAAAAGCUCAUUUGUUCAUCUGUGCCUUACUUUGAGAAAAUGUUUUGUUGUGAUCUGUUGGAAUCAAAGGAAAACAAAGUGGAACUAGAUUUUGAUGAACAUGUCUUCAAUUCUAUCCUCGAUUGGAUUCAUUCGGAAUCAUUCUUCCUCCAAAUGGAAGAUGUUAUUAGUUUUUACGAAGCAGCUGAUUAUUUGAUGAUAAAUGAACGUUUGUUUCAACCUUGUUUGGCCUUUUUCCAUGAAAAAUUCACUAUUAAACAUCUUCCAUCUGUUUUAUCUCAAGUCACAAAAGUGUCAAAAUUGAUCAGCUCGGGAUCCAUUGAAAACAUCAUUUGCCGAUAUUUCUUACAGAUAGUUAACACGGAUAUCUUCUUGAACUACCCGUUUGAAACAGUUGAAGCUAUUCUCAAAUUGGAUUUGAUGGUUUAUUCAGAGUAUCAAGUAUUUGAUUCAAUAAUCAAAUGGGUGAAAAAAGCAGACUCUAGAAAAGAUUUACUGCAACAGCUGUUGAAUUGUGUCCGUUGGUGCUUCAUGGAUGCUGAUGACUUAUCUGUGGUUGAAAAUAAUGAAUUGAUCAAGGCUCUUCCUAAUUUCAAAGCAAUUAUAUCUUCUAACGUUGAAUAUGAAUUCGAUCGUUGUAAACAAAGGUAUUUUGUAUCCAUCCAGCAAAUGGACGAAACUUUAAGGAUUAAAUUGUUCGAUGAUCAAUUUUUUUGUUUCACGAUUGGCGAUUUUACUCAAGAUGAUUCUAUUUCACUUGAAAUUGUCCACGGAGAACACAUUUCAGAUAUUCUAUUUGAUUCUGGAACCAAAGGAAUCCGAAUCGAUUGGAUGAACAAGACAUAUCGAUGGCUCGACUUCAAAGUUGCUGGUAAUACUUACUACAGUCGAUUCAUUAAAUUUAUUGUAGAGUUCCCCGAUAUUGGCAGAGGCUUCUCUUGCUAUUUGGAUGCGCAAGAUGGCACACUUCCUUAUAGGAUAAAUUAUAAUGAACAUUUCUUCCUUGAAUCUAAUGGUAGAUUCAUUUUGAUUGGUAAAACUAAAGACGAGAAGAAGUGGUUUGGUAUUUUUUCAGUUAUACAUAAAAAUUGGUUCAAUAUUUUCAAAGAUCACAAUCACUCUUUCCAUGCGACUGUUUUGGAACCAGUUGUUUAUAUAUUGACGAAGGAUCUCGAAUUUAUACAAUUCAAUCACGAAACUAAACACUUCAAUAAGAGUGAACCAUUUAAAGAGGAAAAAUUCAAUUUCGAUGAUUUAAUCUUGACUUCUCACCCAAAAAACGAUGACAAAGUAAUUCUGAUCAAUAAAUCAACUGGAGCAAUUUAUGUUUUCUGCAUCAAUCAGAAGGAAUGGAUUGAAAAAUAUCGAAUCAUGAACAUGCACUUUUCUUCCAAUAGUUCAGGUUCUCCCAUCAAUAAGUAUAUUGCAUUUACUCCAGCAUUUUUAUCGAUGAAAGUUAUCAAACCUUUGUAUGAACAGUACGCUCAUCGACUAUAGACUACCAUGUGUACGCCUGAAUUCCGUGUACCAACUGUGAACGACAUUAUGCAUUAUUUGUGACACAAUUUUAU